AUGGCAAUCUUGAAAUUGAAAGCUGUGGCUCUAGCCAUCUUUGCGCUUUGCACGGCUCCCACCGCUGCCGAAUGCAGCUAUCCGGACCUUCUAACCGCCACUGCCACUGAGCUCCAGGAUGGACUGGUGGCUGGGUGCUUUACAAGCGUGGAUCUGGUUGAUACAUACGUCAAGCGCAAUGAAGAGGUCAAUUCCACCGUCCGCGCCGUUGUUGAAAUUAAUCCGGAUGCGUGGAAAAUUGCCCGGGUCUUGGACGACGAGCGGAAAAAUGGAACCUUAAGAGGACCUCUCCAUGGCCUCCCAAUUCUGAUCAAGAAUAAUAUCGCUACCGGUGAUAAGAUGCAAACGAAUGCUGGAUCAUACGCCUUAAUGGAUGCGAAACCAGUUUCUGAUUCCGCCAUUGCGGCAAAGCUGCGCAAAGCCGGCGCAAUCAUCCUCGGCAAGACGAAUCUCUCUCAGUGGGCCAACUACCGUUCCGGCAACUCAUCUAAUGGAUGGAGCGCCUGGGGCGGACAGGUCAUCGCAGCCCAUGUCCCGAACCAGGAUCCCAGCGGAUCGUCCAGCGGAAGCGGCGUUGCAGCUGAUCUUGGACUUGCUUAUGCUUGCUUGGGAACAGAGACAUCCGGAAGUAUCACCAGCCCCAGUGAAAAUAGUGGGCUUGUCGGCAUCAAGCCUACUGUCGGACUGACGUCUCGCUACCUCGUCAUUCCCAUCAGUGAGCACCAAGACACCAUCGGUCCAAUGACACGAACGGUAGAAGAUGCCGCUUUGGUCCUCCAGGCUAUUGCCGGCCGAGACAGUCAUGAUAACUAUACUCUCGCCGCGCCGUAUAAGCACCGAGCCCCCGACUACGUCAAGCACUGUAAAAAGAACGGCCUGGAGGGAAAGCGGAUCGGCAUCCCACAGAAUGUCCUUGACUUGAGUUACGACAGCUCAAUGGCACCCUACUACGCUGCAUUCGAGGCCGCGGUUAAUGACCUCAGAGAUGCCGGUGCCACCAUUGUCAACACGACCUUCACGGCGUACGAGGAAUUCAUUAACGACGGUAGUGAGACUGUCCUCCACGCGGACUUUAUCAGCGGACUGGCCGAUUAUCUUUCUAACCUGAAGACAAACCCCCACCAUGUACACAAUCUCAAAGAAGUCCAGUCCUUCACGCACCGGUAUGCCCUCGAGGAGUGGCCAACUCGAAACACCGCGAUAUGGGAUGAAGCCCUCCAAGCCGGGAUAAACAACACCUCGCCUGAGUUCUGGCCUCGGUACGUGAAAAACCUCUACUACGGGGGCGAAGGAGGCGUGUUCGGAGCGAUCAACAGGGACCACCUCGACGCAGUUGUGCUACCGACCAACCUGGGACAUCCAGUUUCGGCAGUCGUCGGCGGACCCGUCAUCACUGUGCCGAUGGGUGCGUACCCUAUAGGAACUCCUGUGCAGGUGAGUCCACCGUGGAAUCUUACCUCGGUGGCACCUGGUGUCCCUAUGGGUCUUGGAUUCAUGGGGUUGAAAUGGAGUGAGCCGGCUCUCAUUGAGAUGGCCUAUGCGUUUGAGCAGAAAACCCAGGCUCGGAAGACAUUUGACCACUAUAUUGUACCGAAGACACAGUUGAAGAUGGCGUAA